CUCCAAACUCUAAGCUCCAAACUCCGAACUACAACCACCAAACUCCACUCCAACCUCUGCCAAAAUAUUUCUGCUUUGGACUACAUCACACCCUUCUUCGUUACUUUCCAUCUCGUCUUGCGGCGCUUUGUCGUACGCCUCUCUGCCCUACGUCGAAAUGGCCCCAACACAGCCAAACGCCUUCCUCUCCACCCAGAAGUCAGAUUCCGGCCUUGAGGUUGCCCUCCACCCUCUGGUCCUCCUGACGAUCUCCGAUUACAUUACGAGGCAUACCCUUCGCAACCAAACCGGGCCCAUCAUUGGGGCUUUGUUGGGUCAGCAGAAUGGCAGAGAGGUCACUGUCGAGCAUGCGUUCGAAUGCAAAGUCCAGGGCGGCUCUAUAGACCCUGAAUGGUUCACGACCCGCUUGCAACAGAUGAAGGAUGUCCAUAAGAACCCCCCGCUCGACUUUGUCGGCUGGUACACCCUCAUUGCCUCGUCUGGGCCCACAGACUACCACCUUGCGAUCCAAGAGACACUAUCGAACCUAAAUGGUCCCGAAACCCCAUGCAUCCUCCUUGGCUUCCUCCCCAGCGAAUCAUUAUCCAAAUCCUCCAACGAAGCCCUUCCAAUUACAAUCUAUGAGUCUAUAGCCAAGCCCGCCGACACCAGGGCUGCUGGUCAGGAUGUCGAAAUGGAACAGAGCGACUCCUCACCCAAGACCGUUUUCGCCGAGCUACCAUACGUUAUCGAAACAGGUGAGGCUGAAAGAAUAGCCAUCGACUUUGUCGCCAGGGGUGGAGGAAAUGCCACGGCUGUCUCAUCAUCGACCCAGAAGCAAACAAACGCAUCCGAGGAGAGCAACAAGGGCAAGAAGCGAGCGUCAGAUGAUACGGCGAAGGAUAUAGAUGUCAACGAUAUCCUGUCCAAUGAAGAGACAGAGCUGAUUACAGCUUUGACUGCAAAGGCAAAUGCAGUCCGGAUGCUGCAGUCAAGGAUCAAGAUUAUUCAGAAGUACCUGGAAUUACAACCUCCGACAGACGCAACAGGCCAGCCGUCCGCACCUGCACAAACCUCCCACCUCGAGCCAUCCCCUGAGAUUCUCCGCAGCAUUGCAGCGUUAAUAUCCCGCCUCCCUCUCGUCGUGCCUUCAUCGUCAAAAGACACGGAGACCGACACCUCGAAAUUCGACCACGACCUUCUCGCCUCACGCAACGACGUAAACCUCGUCAGCUUGCUAGACACGCUUACGCAAAGCAUUCAAGGCACGCGUGAGCUUGGACGCAAGUUCGGAGUGGUGGAUGCAGCGAGGAAUAGGACCAAGUUCCAAGAGAAGGUAGAUAGACAACUUUCGAUGCAAAUGCCAGACAAGGUGUAUAGCCAGGGAAUGAUGGGGAUGAUGCAGGCAGGAGUGCCCAUGAGGAUGGAUGAGGAGUAUUAUGAUGCUUGAGGAGUUACGAAGAAAAGGGGGCAAAUCGAAAUAUGGGUGCCUUAGCAAGCGAUGGAGUUAUAUAGGGCUGCUGCAUAUUUACGGUAUUCAUUCUAGAAAUGCGUGCGUGAGAUCCGCAUGUUGGAGAUCUAUAGAUGAUACAGUGUGUUUUCUGUGCCUGUUUGGCGAUACGUUGCGCUAUGAAUAGUGAUAUUUAUUGCUAGCUGCAAGCGCAUGCAAAUAACUCCGCUGUAAUGUCACCUACAUAAGCUCUGCAUCAUCAUAUUAGUCAAAAUCCUUAAGAAAUGCUAAAUGCAAACUACAUUUCGUCCAAGUUCCUGGGCUCUCAUGGCGAUGCGAUUGUAAAGUGUAUAUACGUCCCAAAGUGGAAGGCGGUGAGACGGCGCCAGGCGUUGAACCAACCGUCGCAUCCAUCCACGGCUGCAGUUUGC